GCUGUCAUACGUCAAGUACAUGAAAUGUUCAGCUGUUAUUGCUGAUAAGAUCAAAUUUUAAGGUUUCUUUCGAAAAUGAGCAACACAUAUUUAAUUUUUAAUCGAAGUCAUCUAUUACCUCUAUUAAAAUUAAGCAAACGUAAAUGAUUAUGAAAUCUUGUCUUAUUAUUUUAGUAUAGUUGAAGUUAACGAAUCAGUGCAAUAAAAUAUGAACUAAGUAACUAUCAAUACGUUAUGUAUGACUAUUACGAAUUUGAAGAUCGUAAAAUGAAAGGUCUUCGCGAUUGGCGUAAAGCGCUUAGGACUCCAGCCACAUAUAGAGUUGGCAAUGCAGUGAGACUCCAACCACAUUUUGUGUUUCUAAUCAUACUUAUAGGUGUUUUUCUUUUAAUAUUAUUCUAUUAUAACUGGUGUACGAGUGAAUCAAUUUCUUCGGUACACCAAUGGACUAGAAAUUCGUGGCCAUAUAACACUACAUAUCCUUUAACCGCGCCAUUUCAAUCAGGGAAUGUGAUAACCUAUAAAAUUGGUAUUGUAGCAGAUUUAGACACUAAUUCUAAAAGCCAUACAAAACCUCAUACAUUUAAUAGCUAUCUAAAAAGAGGAUUUCUAAGUUAUGAUGCUGCAAAGCAAUAUGUUACCGUCACUUGGGACAAACAGCCCACAGCCAUGCUGUCUUCAACUUAUGCACAGAAAGGACGAGGCAUGGAACUGUCUGAGCUAAUAGUCUAUAACGGCAGAUUACUUACUUUUGAUGAUCGCUCUGGCAUGGUUUUUGAAAUAAUAAACAAUAAAAUGGUGCCAUGGGUUGUAUUGUCAGAUGGUAAUGGCCAUAAUGAGAAAGGAUUCAAGUCUGAGUGGGCAACGAUAAAAGACCAGAUAUUAUAUGUCGGGUCAAUGGGAAAAGAAUGGACAACUGCAAGUGGAGAGUUUGAGAGCUUUGACCCCAUGUGGGUAAAGGCUAUAAAUAUGCAUGGAGAGGUGCAACACCAAAACUGGGUACACCAAUUUAAGGCCGUCCGACUCUCAAUAGGGAUUCAAUGGCCGGGCUACAUGAUACAUGAGUCCGGAGUAUGGUCAAGUAUAAACGAAAAAUGGUAUUUCUUGCCGAGAAGAUGCAGUCAUGAAUCUUAUAAUGAAACAAGGGAUGAAGUCAUGGGCUGCAAUUAUUUGAUUUCAGCUGACAGUCUUUUUAAUAAUGUUAUAGCUAAAGAGGUAGUAAAACAUCAACCAAAGCUUGGCUUCUCUACGUUCAAGUUCAUUCCUGGUUCGGAAGACAAAGCGAUUGUUGCUUUAAAAACAACGGAAUACGAAGGUAAAACUGCCACAUACAUCACCGCAUUCACAACGGACGGUACUGUUCUACUUCAAGAUACAUUUGUAGAAAAUCAGAAAUACGAAGGCCUUGAAUUUAUAUGAAACCGACAUUCCAUUGAAAACGCUGAAAAGUAUUUCAAAUUUUGAAUGACAUACGAACAAUUGCCAUAUAAAAAAAAUAAUAUACCUGUAGAGCU